AUGUAUCUUUUGUUUCGAUUGUCUUCUAUCAUCCACACACAAAUCACAGUAACUUCGUCUGUAUUAAUGGAAGAGGAACUCACAAAUGUAUUUGAAAGCCCGCCCGAGGAUGCGGAAUCAGCAAGUGAUUCUGGUAGGGAAAAUACCCUCCAGAUUCCUGAUGGCGGUUGGGGUUGGGUCAUUUGCUUUGCCGGAUUCAUGAUUAAUUUUAUUGCUGGAGGUCUAUUUUCUGGAACUGAAAUUUUUCACUGGGGACUGAUUCUUCUAUAUCAAGACACUUUUUAUAAAACUGCCAUGGUCGAGAUUAUUUUCGACUUAAUCAUGAUGUCUGUUGGUCCGAUUGUGCUGCUUCUUUUGAUGUUUAAUGUAAGCCAUCGCCAGAUUAUCAUUUGCGGAGGGUUUAUUUCUGCCGUCUCAACAUUUACCUGCAUUUUUGUUAAAAAGGUCGAAUUACUUUACGUUCCAUAUGGAACUAUCUCAGGUUGUUGCGUUGGACUCGCCUAUUUUUCCGUUAAUACCAUCGUUGGACGUUAUUUUAAGAAGAAACGAGCUUUGGCUGUUGGAAUCGCACACAGUGGAAUUGGAAUUGGUGCAUUUGUUUUAAGUUAUUUAUUAGGACAAAGUAUUUCCUAUUAUGGUAUGAGAGUAACAUUUUUAUUUAUAAGCGGAUUGUUUUUAAGCUUUAUUGUCUAUGGAGCCUUAUGUCGGCCACUUAAGACCGGAAAUACAAAGAAGAAAACGAAUGAAAUAAUACUGAAAUCCAUGAAAGUGCUUCAAACAGAAAGGAAUUUAGGAUUCGAGCCGGACGAAGAGACAAUAGAAAAUCAAGAAUUGAUGCAUAGGAGUAAUUCUGGUGGCUCUAUGCAUCAUGUAAAUUUGGAAACUGCUCCUGCAACAAAUACAAAUGGCACAUUUUCAAGAAAAUGCAAAUCCCUCUGCAAGAUCAUAUUUGAUCCAGUUGUUCUGAAAAAUCCCGGCAUGCUGUUGCUGAUAUUUAUUUAUUUCUUUGAGGGAGCCUCCGUAAUGGUUACAGUUUACACUCCAGAUAUGAUUGACUACAUUGGAAUGAGGCGUGGACACGGAGCCUUGAUAAUUUACAUAUACUGUGGAGUUCUUGGGAUUAGCCAAGUUAUUUUUGGGAUGCUCGCUGACCUACUUCAUAUCCCUACAAGUUACAUUCUCAUGGCUUCAUUGCUUGUCUCAUCCGCCGUUUGUGUAGCAUUUACAUUCUGCCAUUCAUUUGCUUGGUUAGUGUUCUGCAUAUCUCUGUCCGCCAUUUGUCGCGGAUUUAUCUUCCCUCUUGGAAUUGUGCUUGUGGCUUCCAUCUUGGGAGUAGAAAACCUGGAGAAAGGAUAUUCCCCCUUGUGUCUUUUGUCUGGCGUUUCUUACAUCAUCCACAGAAUAAUCGCAGGAUCUCUGCUCGACGCAACUCAGUCUAUCGACGCUGUGUUUUACGUUUUUGCCAGUUUUUUAUUUAUGGCCUGCAUAAUGUCAUGCGGUAUCGUCUACAUGCAACGUAACAAUAAAUUCUCCGAAUAUCCAGAGAAGGAUAAUUAA